AAACGAAGGCCGGGAUUACAGUUGUUUUAUCAAUGUGAAUUACAUUAUUCAUAAUGAGGUUGCAGCUAUCCAGCCUCCAGCUUGUUGCCUCUGCGGUACUGCUGCCGGCCUCCCAGGCAUUCAGCGUCGUAACAACUAAUGAUGCAAACGCUCUGGCCUCUGCGAUAUUCGGUCAAGGCAUAACCAUUCUCCAGGCCUCAUUCUCAGGCGCAUCAAUAAGUUCUGGAACGUUUGCCGAUGGACCUUUUGGUAUCGGAAGCGGUGGGAUACUCACCUCUGGCGCUGCUAUUGGAGCUCUACCCAACGGUGACCACUAUGUCAACAACGGAGUACCUGGUUCGGAGACUUAUUGCGGUACAAACACUUUCAAUGCAGCGAUAUUAACUGUCGACUUCUUCCUCAAUCCAACCUACAGCGGUGUCAGAGUUGAGCUUAUACUUGCGUCGGAAGAAGAAGGCGGCUCUGCUGACCCCAUCGGCAUCUUUGUUGGCGGCACGCAAUAUGCCUUCGAUCCCAAUGGGAAUCGAAUAACUGCGGUCAGUCCUUAUCUUGCGCAGCCUAUUGGCAUCACACCGCCUGACAGCGUGACCUCAUAUCCCGGCUCAUCGCCACCUCUCUGGAUUGAUAUCCUCACCUCUGGUGCUCAGACCAUGGUCAUUGCCAUUUGUGAUCAAGGAGAUUCAGAGUGGGACUCGGCGCUUCUGAUCAACGCUGAGGGUUGUAUUGAUUGUGAUACUGAUGUCCGCUUCGCUUAUGUGACGACUACGACUACAUUACCAUCGGGUGAGGCGCCUUUUACCUCUACGACCAAGGCUUCAGGAACUGUGUCUGGAACAAUCAGGAUCGGAGUAACAGCAGACGAGACCACUACCACCACAGCAGAGCCUACCACAAAUACUACGCAAGACUUUAUAACUACAACUGAAGAGCCCACCGCCACUGCUCAGGAGACUACGCCUACAGAAACAUUAACCGAGGCCAGCAGUACGGUCACAUCUUCAGAAGAACUGCCAGAUACCACCACAACAACUCUUGUGACAAGUGAUACGACGAAAGAGUCUUCAAUCAUUGCGAUUGAGUCAACUUCUGAUAUCAUCACUACAACAGCCCUGGAUUCUUCCACUGAGAGUACAACGGGUACAGAGACGAUCCGUACUUCUGAUGCCCCCAUUGAUGGUACCACUACUUCUUCAGGCGAUGUUAAAACGCCCAUCAUUAGUUCAGAAGUCUCAGCCUCGACGGAUGAAUCCACCGAGAGCUUGAGUAGUGAUAUCUCAACUCAGGAUACUGCAAUUCCCAACCCUGACAUUACGACGACAACAGAGUCUACGGAAGACACCACAGUCCAACAGACUGAGCCCUCGACUGACUUAAUUACUCCCUCCUCCCCAGGGUCCGCGGAGAGAACAAGCUGUAGUAAUACUGGGGAUAUGCCAACUGCACCAACAUCGACAGUUGCUGCCUCAUCUAUCAUGCCGACCAACCUACCUGUGAUUGGGACAUUUAGGUUCUUUGGUUGUCUAGGUUCUCCAGCUGGCUACCCUAGCUUUGAAUUAAUCGGUAAAGCACCAGACAUGACUACGGAAGAAUGUGUAAGAAUCGGCACCGGAUACGCUUAUAUUGGUAUCUACUUGAGAUCCUGCUAUGCAGCGGAUACGUUAGACUCUGCCGAUACGGUGGCGACUGGUCGUUGCGAUAUACUGUGCCCUGGUGACCCAGGCUUCUUCUGCGGCGGGGUGGUCGAAACUAGCUUCAAGUCUCAUCGGGGCCUUAGCCGUCGGGAAGCUCCGCCAGGCAUUCUACUUACCUUAUAUGCACAGAUCGAAGCGAUUUCUGGUUCUUUAAUUACUUCGGAUGUUCUCAGCACUGUGGACGUGAAGACAGACAACUCUCUCUUACCUACUGGUAAUCCUACCAUUCCUAUUUCUCUAUCUUCAAGCACACGAUCUUUCAUUGACUCUGCCAUCACCGUUGAGCCUUCAGUUACUGUCAUUCAAUCACAAGGCAGAAGGCCUAUCAUCCCCCCCUUUCCAACAACUAUCUCCUUCAAUGCAGGCAACUUAACGAGGACCAAAGCUGUGGCACCUAUAAUUACUACUAUAACAUAUACAGUCAUUAACCCCAAUAACCCAUCUUACUUAACCGUCACCGAGUUUUACACGACCUUGAGAUCUCCUCCCUGCCGUCACUGCCAGUAUCAGCAACUACAAACGGUGGAGAUGACAACCAUCAAAGUUGACUGCAAUGCUUGUGGCCACUACGGCGAGAACACAAUCAUUUUGGAUGUUCCAGCGAACGCAGUCGUGGUAGAGCCGACAGGUGAUCACUCAGUUCACGAAACUCACCAAGUGCAGCAUCAUGAGCCCAACCCGUAUGGACAGAAACCUCGCCCCGAUGAGUCAGACCCUCGUAUUUGGCAAAAGCCCCGGCCACAAAACACUUCGCCUGCCGCUGGCAACGAACCACAUGACGGCGAAGGAGGACAUAAGUUUGAUCAACCUCAGACAUACCAAGGCGGACCAACUGGCACUAGGGGCAGUCAUGGACAAGGAGAGCAGGCUGUAGUGACUGAGACUGAACCAAAGCCCACACCGGUAGGAGGGAAUGGACAACCCAAGCCUCCAAAACCAACAUUUCACCGCAGGCCAGGUCCGGCUUCUACACCAGUGGCGCCUGAUGCGCCUCCUGUGGUGGUCUCAGGGGCCGUAGCGAAAACGAUGGGGGGGAUGUUUAUGGCGAUCUCCUUUAUAACUGUAUUUUUGUUCCUUUUAUAG